UCAAAUACGGCAGAAGCCAUCCAAGAGACACUUAUUAUGCUCAGAGUAAAUCGGAGAAGCAACAUGAAGAAAGCAGAGGUCCUGGUUGUCAUUUUCGGUGUGCUGGUCAUGGGCACACCAAUAGCUGAUUCCAUCAUUUGUUUCACGUGCAAAGAGCAGAUCUCAAACUGGAAAUGCCAGGACACGACCAUCUGUUCUGAGCAGGAGAAACGGUGUGUAACGCUUGGCAUGGUGUCAGGAACAGGUAAUGACUCCAAGGUGCUAAUCACAAAGAUGUGCGCCGAGAAGUGUCCCUCUGAAAAAGAUUAUCCGGAGAAGGCCCUCAGUUCUCUUUUUUGCUGUGAUUGUUCUUGGUGUAAUAUACUACCUCCAAAAUAAGUGAGAUGGUGAAAACUGGAGGCGUUCUUGGUUGAAGCUGCGUUCCAUGAGCUUAGCUGCAGCUGACUAAAGAAGACGAGCAUUUCAAUCUGUUUUCCCUUUUGCAUCCAACCACCAUUUGUCUCCCUCCUUUCUUGCCCAACCGGAUUGUUCUUCUUUUAUCCUUUUUUUAAAAAAAUCGGUUGUGGAACGAAGAAAAAGUGAAAGAUUAAUCACGCGUCAGCUCUUUGUAUAACUCCUGAAAUGUGGAAUAUUAAAAUCUUUGUCCGACAGAA